GUUCAGUCCUGCUGGAAUGAUUGCUGCUGAUUUGUUGACAUCCAUUGGUUCAACAUACCCAAGUGUGCGAAACAAUAAAGCUGUUGUUUCAGCAGACUGCAAACAAGCGCUAAUAAUUUCAGCUCUUGCAUUUAGUAUUCCUGCUGUGAUUCAACCAAAAACACCUAUAGCUAUUGCAUUGUUUUACCUAUGGAUACACACAGACAAAAUAUGUAUCAAGAGACUCCACUUCCAACUAAUCAAGUUGUGCACCCAGAGGUGCCAUUUGGGAAUCCUACCCCGAGUUUUGAUGUCUUUUGGGUAGAACACAUGGGCCUUGACCAACCAGAACUGACUUGCAGCCUGACUCAUCUUGGUAGAACAGUUUCUAUCACAGGCAUGCUGGACACUGGCACAGAUGUCACUGUGAUAUCUCACAGGUUUUGGCCGAGUGAUUGGAAUUUAGUGUCACCUCUGGGCACCCUCACAGGGACUGGAGGCACCACUGUGUGUCUGCAAAGUGAAUCCAGGAUUACUGUUACAGGUCCUGAGGGGAAGACAGCAACAGUAUGUCCCUUCCUUGUGCAGAAGCCUCUCACUGUAUGGGGGAGAGACUUAGUGUCCCAGUGGGGAGCAAAAGUACAAGUGGACCCCUGAUGGGGACCACACCAAAGCCCACCAUUCUAAAGCUGUCAUGGAAAACUGAUAACCCUGUUUGGAUUGAUCAAUGGCCUUUAACAGAGAAAAGAAGUAAGUAACCUUAAAAACUUAGUAAAAAACAGUUGCAAAAAGAUCACGUUACACCUGCAAGUAGUCCCUGGAAUUCACCAGUGUUUGUCAUCCACAAGAAGACUUCUAAUUCCUGGAGACUACUUCACAACCUGAGGAAGAUCAAUGAAGUAAUUGAGGACACGCAACCUGGACUCCCCUCUAUGUCAAUGAUUCCAAGAGACUGGCCUCCCGUUAUCCUUGAUUUAAAGGACUGGUUUUCCAACAUUCCACUCCAUCCAGAGGAUGCACUGAGGUCUGCUUUUUAAGUUCCAGCUAUCAAUAGAGGAGAACCACUGCAAAGAUAUCACUGCUAAUCUUUGCCUCAAGGGAUGAAAAAUUCUCCCACCAUUUGCCAAUAUUUUGUUGUACAAGCUCUGUCUCCAGCUCAACAGAAGCACUCACAAUCUGCGAUUCUACACUACAUGGAUGAUUUGCUUAUUGCAGCACCAACACGAACAGAAAUGGAACAAAUUCGUGACAGUGUUGUUACCGAAAUUCAAAAGGCCGGACUGGAAAUUUCUACAUCCAAAAUUCAAAAUGUCCCACCCUGGAAAUAUCUGGGAUGGAGGAUGACUGAACAAACAAUUACUCCACAGAAAAUAAAACUCUGGACCAGUGGCAACACCUUGCAAGAUUUACAACAGCUUUUGGGAGAAAUUAAUUGGGUCAGAUCUAUUUUGGGAAUUACCAGUGAUGAACUUGCCCCACUCUUUGACUUAUUAAGAGGAGACUGUGACAUCAAAUCUCCUAGGACUUUAACACCUGAAGCUCAAGCAUCCCUUGAAAAUGUCACAGAAGCUUUCCAAAGGAGACAAGCCCAUCAAUGUGCUCCAGAAAAGCCCUUUAUUCUUGCAGUUUUGGGAGAAAAACUGCAACUUUAUGGUCUCAUUUUUCAAUGGGACCCUUGUGAAAGAGAUCCUUUGUUAAUAAUGGAAUGGGUUUUUCUUCCUUACAAGUCCCCAAAGACAAUUUUUACAACUAGGGAGAUGACAGCACAAAUUAUAAUUAGAGCCAGAACAAGGUUGUUAACUUUAGCAGGCCAAGAUUUUGCAGUUAUUUAUUUGCCUCUGAUAAACGACAACCUUGAUUGGGCAUUGCAAAAUUCAGAUGAUUUGCAAAAUGCAUUGUUGAAUUUUUCAGGUGUUUGUUCUAUUCAUUACCCAGCCCAUAAAUUGUUGCAAAUAAAAUUGAGCUUUAGAGAAAAACCCAUGUUGAGUGAAGAGCCUUUAAGUGCUGUAAUUCUCUUCACUGAUGGAUCAGGGAAAACACACAAAUCAGUAACAGUAUGGCUAAAUCAAACAACAAAAACAUGGGAAUCAGAUAUUCAAACAGUGAGGGGAUUUCCCCAAAUUACUGAAUUAGCUGCUGUAGGCAGGGCCUUUCAGCUUUUUCCUUUUAAUUUCAUUACAGAUUCUGCUUAUAUUGCUAAUGUAGUUAAAAUAGUAGAAGGAUCAGGUUUAAAAUAUGUUGGAAAUGAUGUUUACUUUCAAGCUUUUAUACAAUUUUACAAUACAGAACUAAUCCAUAUUUUGUUUCUCAUGCUAGGGCUCAUUCUUCGCUCCCAGGAUUUGUAG